CUUUCACAUGACUUCCACUACGUGUGACUGACCCGCAUUCCUCAAUUGGCAGUAGCUGAUGGUCUGCGGCGCGUGAGAAGAUCUGUAAGCUCUCAGUCGGAGUCGCAGCUGCAAACUUCACUUCUACUUUUCUCUUGACGGAGCGCAUCUUCAGCCUGUCGGGUAGGAAACACAUGGAUACAAGAUAACUGAUGACUGAGGGACAUUUAGCUCUGUCUGGGCUUCGUGUCGGUGAUGGCUGAGCUCAUAUCGCCAGACUCGAGAAGGUGUAAUUAUUUCUUUCUCUACGAUGGAUCCAAGGUGAAAGGAGAAGGUGACCCAACAAGAGAGGGAAUCUGCUACUUCUACCCUGAAGAGACUCCUCUAGAUAAGCAGGAGCUGCUCUGUGGUCAGCUCGCAGGCGCUGGCCGCUGUGUCUCUGAACUUUCCUCCUCUCCUGUGCGCAUACUGAGGCUGCGCCGCACCAAGUUUGCAAUCCGCAUGAAAGAUGACUUCUUUUGGGCUCUGGGCUGCUCAGUGGAAGUGCCCACCGUCAGUGUCUGUGAGCUCCUGGAUCAGCUGAUAGACCUGUUUUGUUUCUACAAUGGCUCCGUCCGACAGAGCUACCAGCUCAACAGCCAAGAAGCUCUGGCUGCACGAUGGGCGCAGUACCUCUCACACCUGCGAUCAGGAUCCUCAGAGCUUCAUCACAUCUUCAGCUGCCUGAGGACCAUUGACCCGACUAAUGUUGACCCACUUCUCCUGCUCAAAGCUGCCCUCAUUCUUCAGGCCUGUCAGCGCUGCCCUCUAGUGUUAGCAGGCUGUAUCCUGUUCAGAGGAAGAGUUGUGAGCACACAGAUGUCUCCAGAGCUCACAAUGAAGGUGAUGGUUCAUGAGAGUGAAACAUACACCAAGACCCAGAGACCAAAUGGACCAAAUACCUUCAGCUCAUUUGGCGAUGCUGUCAGCUCCACCACUGUGUUCCUGACCCUGUCUGAACUCCAGUACCUGCAAUCGGCCCCUGUGGACAAAGAUUUUAGUUCCCGGUCUUCUUCUCUCAAAGACACCCCCCCAAGGAAGACCCGCCUGUCAAGAACACUAUCAGACACUCCCUCCACUGAGUCAGAGCCGUCCUAUCUAGGUUCCUCCCUGUCUCCCCAGAAGGUGUCCUUCAGCCCCCGCUUAUUAGAAAGCUCUGUGUUCAGCCCAGAUCCAUCGCAGAGCACCAGCAGUCCGCUCAGCCCCUCACAGGAGUCACUUGAGCCUCCUUUCUCAAAUGGAAAACACUCCCCUGAAGCUGAGGAGGAGGCGCUGGAGGAGUCACAUUAUCACAGUUUUCACAGCAACAAAGGUGGAGGCAGUGAUGUACAUAACAAGGAAGACAGCUCAGUGUUUGGAGGAAACUCCCCUCUGAACGGAGGUGGAGGCGGAGGAGAUGGAGACACAGCUUGUGGGACAGUGUUUGACUUCAGAGGGGCUGGGUCUGGGGAAGUGGCCCCACAUGACGAUAAGUAUUUGGGAGAGUCCAGCAUAGGUGGUUGUGGGAGAGAUCAAGGCCAAAAGGCUGUGACGCAAGAUCCUCCCGCUUGCUUUAGUGCUUUGGACAUCCCAGAGGAAUGCCCUCUGAUUCCCAUGACGCUGUACCUGCACCGGGUAAAAGGCUUGGUGCUGGCUCUGCUGGUGGAGCCACACUUCUUGAGUGACUCGGCGUCCAUGGAAGAAGUGUACCACAGCAGCCUGGCGUCACUCAAUGGAUUGGAGGCCCAUUUGAGGACCAUCUCUCCAGGGGCCCCGGGCGCUCCAGGACCCUACAUCUUUGCCCAUUUUGACUGCAUUCAGAGCACACUGACAACCAACUUGUCUGGUCAACCAGGGGGAGCCCCGGAGCGGCCUUUUGUGAGAGCCACAUCACUUCUUCACUCGCAUUUCUGUAACACUGAAACUCUGCAGGAGGCUAUUAUCAGGAGUGCUGGAGCUGCUGUGUAUGGAACCCGCAGCGUGGCCCAGGAAACUUACUACCAGCAGCACGGGGGAUCGCUGAGGAACUCUGGAAUCCCUAACCACCAGGACAGUGCUUUCUCACUGCCCAGCAAGGCCCGACACAGACUACUGAAACACGGGGUUAACCUGCUCUGAACGUGAAGGUGGCUUUGUCUUAAGAUAUGAAGAGCUGCACUGUGAGUGACCUAAAAACAAACAGAGAACAUUUGAGAAUGUGAAAGCUUUCUGCUGUGAUUUACUCAUUCCCACAGCAGAUAGUGACGUUAGCAUGUGAAACCUUAUGGUACUCAUAUUAAUGGCAGAACUUUAACUUUGUCUCAUUUUUAUGGAUGGCAGAGAUGGUGGCUGGUAAGGUUUUGUAAUGUACGUUUUGUUUACACUGAGGUUUUAGUCAUAGUUUAAUCAUUUUCCAUGCCUUUUAGGUACUAUUUGUCCACAUUUUAUUUCUGUUAUGCUUAAACACAUCACCUUUUAUAUCUUGUGGCACAACUUUGCUCCUGUCAACACGCUGCACUCAUUUUGCAACCUUUUCUUUUACAUAUAUUUUCCAUUCAGUCAUGUCCCCAGUGCAGCGAAAGUAAUGAUUCCUCUUACUUGUAUUUAUUCAUAUAAUUUAGACUAAAGCGAGAUUUAAUCUUUGUACCAUAACUUCAUGCACUUGUACAGAAUCAUGCUUUCCUUUGCUGCACACACUGCAAAACAGUAUUGGUGUAUUAAACACAUUUAUAAAAUAAUCUAAAAUACUGUUUAUAAAAUUGUAUAUUUAUUUCAAAUCAGCUGUUUAGUAGCAUUAAAUGUGUUAUUUAACUAUUUGGCUGUUAGAUCAGGUUUUUUAGAAAGCGUCAUUUGUUUAAAAAGUCUGUAUUGUAAGCACGCUGGGAAGAGACACACUGUGGUAUACUGUGGUGCAUCAUUAGUGGAAAUUAAAUGAAUACAUGAUCCUCUCA